CUGUUAGUCUCCAAGUUGAGGCACAACAAAAGCAGACGGCUUCAUGGCGGCUGCCAAGAAAACCGUUUUGGGGCCCUUGAUUGGCGCUAUUGAUCAAGGGACCAGCUCCACUCGCUUUCUGGUGUUUAAUUCUAAAACAUCCGAGCUCCUGAGUCACCACCAAUUCGAGCUGAAGCAGAAGUUUCCUAAGGAAGGCUGGGUAGAGCAAGAUCCGAAAGAAAUCCUGCUCUCCGUCUACGAGUGUGUCGAGAAAACCUGUGAGAAGCUGAUCCAGCUCAAUGUUGACAUCUCCAACAUCAAAGCCAUUGGGGUGAGUAACCAGAGGGAGACUACUGUCAUUUGGGACAAGUUUACCGGGGAGCCCCUCUAUAAUGCCGUGGUGUGGCUUGACCUCCGUACCCAGUCAACCGUUGAGACCCUCAGUAAGAGAAUCCCCGGCAAUAACAAUUUUGUCAAAUCAAAGACCGGUCUGCCCCUGAGUACUUACUUUAGUGCUGUGAAGCUCCAUUGGCUCCUGGAGAAUGUGAGAAAAGUUAAGAAAGCUGUUGAGGAACAAAGGGCCCUUUUUGGUACCAUUGACUCUUGGCUGAUCUGGAAUCUGACUGGAGGUACCACGGGAGGGGUCCACUGCACAGAUGUUACUAAUGCAAGCAGAACCAUGCUUUUCAACAUUCAUUCUCUAGAAUGGGAUCCAGAGUUGUGUGAGUUUUUUGAUGUUCCUAUGGAAAUACUUCCAGAUGUCCGCAGUUCUUCCGAGAUCUAUGGACUGAUGAAAUCUGGAUCUCUGGAAGGGGUACCAUUAUCUGGAUGUUUGGGUGACCAAUCUGCAGCUUUAGUGGGACAAAUGUGUUUCCAGGAAGGCCAGGCCAAAAACACCUAUGGAACUGGUUGCUUCUUACUGUGCAAUACAGGCCCCAAAUGUGUAUUCUCUGAACAUGGCCUUCUAACCACCGUGGCUUACAAGCUGGGCAGAGACAAACCUGUAUGCUAUGCCCUGGAAGGAUCUGUUGCCAUUGCUGGAGCAGUUGUUCGCUGGCUAAAAGACAAUCUUGGCAUCAUAAAAACAGUACCAGAAAUUGAAAAACUGGCCGAAGAGGCGGGCACAUCUUAUGGCUGCUACUUUGUUCCAGCUUUCUCAGGUUUAUAUGCUCCAUACUGGGAACCAAGUGCAAGAGGUAUUAUUUGUGGCCUUACUCAGUUCACAAAUAAACAACAUAUUGCUUUUGCAGCAUUAGAGGCAGUAUGUUUCCAAACCCGUGAAAUACUAGAUGCCAUGAAUAAAGAUUGUGGAAUGCCACUCACUCAUCUACAAGCAGAUGGAGGAAUGACCACAAACAGAAUUCUAAUGCAGCUUCAAGCAGAUAUCCUGUAUAUUCCAGUAGUGAAGCCUUCAAUGCCUGAAACAACUGCCCUGGGCGCAGCCAUGGCAGCUGGGUAUGCUGAAGGAGUUGGAGUUUGGAGUCUUGAACCUGAAGAUCUAUCCGUUGUCACCAUGGAACGCUUUGAACCCCAGAUAAAUGCAGAAGAAAGUGAAAUUCGUUAUGCCACUUGGAAGAAAGCUGUACAGAAAUCGAUGGGGUGGGUUACAUCGCAAACCCCUCUACUUGGUGAUUCCAAUAUCUUCUGUAGUAUCCCGUUGGGCUUUUAUAUUGUAUCCAGCAUGGUGAUGUUAAUUGGAGCAAGGUACAUCUCAGGAAUUCCAUAAAUAUCUGAAACAACUUAAUGAAUUCUCAAGAUGUAACCUUUAUGAUUUGCCCAAAAAAUGUAAUUUUCUUAAAAUAAAACUAUAGAAAUAUAUUCAAAAGAUUUAGCAUGACCCAUAAGGAUAAAGCAAUGUAAUAAUAGGUAUAGAAAUGUAUAGUGUAUUUUCAAAUAUCAAGAGUUAGGGUGGAAGGGAGGGGUCACUGGGGGAGGCUGAACAUCUUAUUAACCAAUAUCAUCUUACCCUAUCCCUUCUAGGAUCUAGGGAAGAACUCAGAUUCUAGUCAUACUAAAUAUUUUCUUAUGUGAUAGACUAGGAUAUUGCUUCUCUAUACUCUAAAUAAUUAAGAGCUAAAAAAGCGAGAUUUUAAAAUUUAUUAUUAGCCCCCAAAGGGAGUCUUGCCUACACGGUAAGAAAUCCAAAAGAUUUCUCACUUUAACUCAUAGUAUUCUCUCCUGCCCCUUACAAGAGUGGCCAUCUUAACAAUAGAAUAACUUAGAUGCUUUCCUAAGUAAGUUAAUUUAACCUUAAGUGGAACAAUUCAUUUACUACGAGAUGCCAAUGUAACAAUUUUUUCUUUAUUUAUGCCUGGAUCUUGUAUGGAAGGACUUUUUUCUUCCCUGUUGGCUCUCAUUCUUUUAGUUCUCCUUUUUAUAAUUUUUACUUUGUGUGUGCAACAAGGGUACUUACAUACUAUACGUACAUGGGAUUAAAAUAAAUAGUAAAUGUAGUAAUACUUAUUUAGAUGUCUUUAAGAUAAUACCUAUGGCUAUUGAAAGGAGAACGGUGAUGCAUGUUAUUCACCAGGAAGAAUUUUUUUUUGAGAAACCAACAUUUACAAUCAAAAUGUGUCUCUCUAUUAAGUCAAGAAAAAUAAACUUGUUUCUAUAGUUAUUUCUCUCUUCUUUCUUAGAUCUAUUGAGAGAAUAAAUACCAAAAAAAGUUUUAAUAAACAAGUUUUGC